CAUGCUCAUGCUGUUACUACAGGCUUCCUCACUCGACAACCCUGUUUUCUGCUUCCAAACAUUCUAUGCACAAUUGCCCGCCUUGCUGCUUCAAAUUGUGUCCUAGCUCCUUCAAAUAGGACAAACUAUGCUAUAUCAGUGUUCAAUCUUAUCAGAUCGCCAACCACUUUCUGCUACAAUACAAUGAUGCGAAUUCAGAACCUCUUUUCUUCACCUGCAUUAGCCCUCAUACUCUUCAAAGAUAUGCUUCGUUUUUCGAUUCCUCCUGACUUUCACACUUAUCCUUUUGCCAUCAAAGCCUCUACUAAUCUCCGAGUACCUUCAACUUCUGCUGCCCUUCAUUCCCUUACCGUGAAAUCUGGCUUCAUUUCUGACAUAUACGUUCUCAAUUCCAUACUUCAUGUCUAUGCUAGGUUGGGCAGCCUCAGUGAUGCUUGCUUGUUGUUUGAGGAAAGUACCCAUAAAGAUAUUAUAUCAUAUAAUGCAUUGAUUGAUGGCUUUGUAAAGGCCGGAGACAUUGAGACAGCACGUCUGCUCUUUGAUAAAAUGGCUAUUCGUGAUGCAGUCUCGUGGGGUACUCUGAUUGCUGGGUAUGCACAUAUGAAGGAAUGCCAGGAAGCCAUUGAUCUCUUCAAUAUCUUGCUUGGUUCACCGUCUGGUAUUCGUCCAGAUAACAUUGCUCUGGUUUCUGUUCUUUCUGCCUGUGCACAACUUGGAGAUCUGGAGCAAGGUAGCGCAAUUCAUGAUUCUUUAAUCCGAAACAGGAUUCGAGUGGAUUCCUAUUUAUCGACUGGCUUGGUGGACUUGUAUGCCAAGUGUGGCUAUGUUGAGAAUGCCAUAAAUAUAUUUGAAUCAAGUCCUGACAAGAAUUUGUUCACAUGGAACGCUUUGUUGAUGGGCCUUGCUGUACAUGGCUACGGCAGAAAAUGCUUGGAUUAUUUCUCCAGGAUGAUAAAGGAAGGAGUUCAACCUGAUGGUGUCAGCGUCUUGGGAGUUUUGGUUGGAUGCAGCCAUGCAGGCCUAAUAAAUGAAGCACGUAAACUUUUUCAAAACAUGGAGGCUAUCUACGGUGUUCACCGAGAAUUGAAGCACUAUGGAUGCAUGGCUGAUUUGUUUGGACGUGCUGGUUUAAUUGGAGAAGCAUUAGAUAUGAUAGAACACAUGCCGAUUCAAGGUGAUAUCUAUACCUGGGGAGCUUUGCUGGCUGGUUGCAGAAAACAUGGUAUGGUUGACAUUGCUGAGGAAGCAGCUAAACAUGUGCAGAAGUUGAACCCUGAAGAUGGCGGUCUCUACUCAGUAAUGGUGGAUAUUUAUGCCACAUCUGAUAUGUGGGAUGAUGUUGCCAAGAUACGGAGUAUCAUAAGGAAUAGAAGGCCCACGAAGAAUGCUGCUUGUAGCUUGAUCAAAUUGCAUGGCAUUAAUUAUGAGUUUAUAGCUGGUGAUUAUUUGCAUCCUGAAACAGAGGAGAUAUAUAUGGCUUUGAGUUGUCUGUCAAAUCAUCAAUUUGAAACUUGACCUCAACUUUAACAAAUUAUGGGAAUGGUACAGUUUCCAUUACCAGCAUUAAUUGUUUCCCUUUCAUCUUUUUGGCCGCCAGUCAGACCUCAAAUUCAAAAUUCUUCAUUCGACAGAUUCAAUGUACUCCAAAGUAUACCAACGUAGCAGGUUUUGUUCACACCAUGUCUCCUACAUUGAGCAAGUGGGAAAUGAGAAGUCUUUUAAGCUGGAUGCAAUUUUAGAAGGAUCAUAUGGGAACAGGGUCUUUUUACAGGUGGCGUGGAAGGACCCUAAUUAGCUGCGACGCUGGAAGUGAAAUGGAAAAUGCAUAUUAAGCUUGAUGUCAUCAAGCUGAUGUUGAAUUUCAUUUUCAGAAAGACAUUGCUUGAUCUGUGACUGGAAUUUUUGUUGUUAAGGAAUAUGAUCAUUAGCAUUUAGCAUAGUUACAGAACAAUUUGAACAAGACAGCAUUAACAUAGUGAAGUUAG